ACUGUAAUGGCGGAUCCGUGUGCUCCAGUCUAGAUGAGAGGGAAAGGGAAAAGAGAAGAUAACGCCCUUCAGCUGCUCAGCCGCACCGCGGAAGAAAAGAGUUGUUGUUCAAAAUGUCGAGCACCGUAAAGGACUUAAAAGUUACUUAUAAUCCCGCGAACAAUGAAGCCAACACAUUUACCAGCGGAGACACUGUGACUGGUCAAGUGGAGCUGGAACUGCUCAAAGAGUGCACGGUCCAGUCUCUGUCCAUCAAGUUUAAAGGGAAGGCAGAAGUUUUGUGGACCGAGCGACAUGGGAAAACCACCGUGGUGUACCACUCCAAGAACAAGUACUUCAGCAUCAAGCACCACUUCAUUAAAGAUGAAGACAAAACGGAAAGUGACAGUGACAGAAUUCUGAGUGGAGAGAUUGGACAAACCUAUAGUAAUGUGCUUCCUGCUGGACGCCACAUCUACCCAUUUACAUUUCAGUUUCCAAUGGAGCACACACCGUCCUCCUUUCAUGCUGACACUGGUAAAAUAAAAUAUUUGCUCGAAGCGAAGUUGAGCCGAUCAAUGAGGAUUCCCAAGAAAGAUGCAACAAAGCUCAACUAUGUAACACAAGACAUUAUGGACUACAACCCAGAGCUGAAGGAGCCGCAACAUGAAACUAAAGACAAGAAACUAAAACUUUUUAAUUCAGGAACAGUCUCUAUGGAUGUAGAUUUGGAAAAAAUGGGGUUUUACCAAGGAGAGAGUAUAAAGAUUUUCGCUGCCAUUCAGAACAACUCUUCUCGAGACAUCAAGCCAAAGUUUGUUGUGUACAGCAAACACAGCUUUUUCGCUGGCGGCAAGAGAAGACUUCAUACCAAAGACCUGAUCAAAGAGGUGGGGGCACCCAUCCCUCCCUCCAGCAGUCAGAAGGUGACCCAGCUCAUCCACAUCCCCCCCGACAUGGAACCGUCCAUCCACAACUGUGACAUCAUCAAAGUGGAGCACAGGCUCAGGGUCUAUCUGGAUGUCAAAUAUGCCUCCGACCCACAAAUCAAAUUCCCCAUUGUGAUUCUCCAUGCUCCCCACUUUGUUGCCAAUGGCCCACCACCUGCUGCUUCAGAGUUUGGAUUUGGAGCCUAUGGAACGGUCAACCCUCCAGUGUACAACCAUUUGCCCUAUGCACCACAACCUGGACCACAAUACCUCCAUCCACCACCAGGGGUAAUGACGCAACCCUCAGCUCCACCGUUAAACCGCUCGGACCCUCCUCCAUACACUGCUUAUGAAAUGUACCCUUCUUUACCAUCAUAUGACACCAAAAAAUAGCACAGCGUUAUUGUCUUUUAUUGGUACAAGAAGUCAAAUUGUAGCAGAAGUUUAUUUACUUUAUUUUUCAAGUUUAAAUGUAAUCGCUUUGGUCUAUACAUCAGUUAAUCCCAAUUUAUGCUAGCCGGGUGGUUCAGCCUUAGUUUAAAUAGGACCUAAUUUUGUCAGUUUAACCUUAAAGAAGUUGCUGGCCAUAAUCCCUUCCACUUUGUUUCCAAUUUGAAAUAUUUUUUUUAUGUUAAUAGUUUUUCAUUAUGUGAUGUUUUCAUAUAAAAAUAAGAUAGUCUGUGUAUAAAAACAGCCAAAAUUUUGAAUUUUUGGGACAUUCAAAACACAAACAUAACAGAGCAUGCAGAGCCAGGUUUAAAUGUUUUGCUUUUUGUGUUGACAUGGUGGGUUUCAGAUCACAACAUUCUAUAGACCAAUGUUAUUUAAUACAGUUGGGGGCUAAAAUUAACAUUGUUAAAUUGCAGAUUUUUGUUGCCAUACAGUGAGUUCUUGUGUCUUGACACUGAUAUGUUCUGGGGCAACAUUUGUGGGUUUACCCUUUGGAUAUUUCAUGGCAAAGUACAAUAUCAUCAAUAAGGAAAUCUGACUCUUGACCCCCAUCUGGGACUAUGGCAUCAUCACAUUCUAGAAUCUGAAUCUUUUUUCAAUAUUUGAAUAGUCUAGAUCAGACUGAAAUUUUGUCUAAAAAUUUAAAUUUCAUGUUUUGUUGAAAUCUUUUUGUUUUUAAACGUUUUUGCAUGUAUUAUAAGUUUGUAUAUUAAAUAAAUUACCAUGGCCAUUUCAAA